AACUUUACCACGGAAACAUAUGACGUCACUACAUGUUGUGUAAAAAUGGCCGCUAUUGUACAGCAGCCGAUACCAGAGACCAUAUAAUAGAUACGGAGGCAUUUGUGGACAAAAUGAUGUUUCCUUGUAAUUAAAUGGUGUAAAGCUGCCACGGAUCACGCCAGCAUUCAUCAAGAACUGGAUACAGGUUGCUGGGCGGUCCAACAUGAAGACACUUCUGAUUCUCUCCUGUGUGGCUUUACUGAGUCAAACAGAUUUAUCGGAUGCUGGAUGCGUUGCCUGCAAGGAAGGUACUUCCAUUUGUAACACAUAUACGCCACCAGGGCCAGUCCCGGAAGCCUGCAACACUGUUCAUUUGGAUCUGUGCAGGAAAUACGGUGAUUACAAACUCAGCUGUGGCUAUGGAACCGUUCUUAGUAGCACUUACUUCGACUGCACCGUGUCAUGCAUCAGCUCCACAAUAUCUACCCCUUCCAUGACAACACUGUUCCUGACAUCUGCUGUCCUUACUCUGUUUAUGAAGUCGGUGUAGUAACUGGCUGCCAUUGGUUGGCUCCGAAGUGGAAACUACCAAUACACAGACUGCCAUUACUGAUUUAGAGAGAAUUAAACCGAAAUACUUUGUCAGAAAGUCACAAAGUUGACAAGCAACAAAUUUAAUGGACAAAUGUAAACUAUAGUAACGGUAUUUGAUGAUCUGCUGCUAAAGUAAAGUUGUUCAUGGACUCAAAAGCGAUGCAGAUACGUAAUUACUCUGAUUUACAUUGAUAGAUAAAAAUUAACAUUUAAAA